AUGAGGAAUUUGCAGGUGACGUUGAACGCUUUUAUCUUACAUUAUUUAUUUCUUUCUUUCUUGCGUUCUUUCUUUCUAUUUCUUUCUUUCUUUCUUUCUUUCUUUUCAUUAUUUAUGAGGUAUUUGCUGGAGACGUUCAUAUUUCUUUUUCUUUUCUUUCUUUCUUUCUUUCUUUCUUUCUUUCUUUCUUUCUUUCUUUCUUUCUUUCUUUCUCUCACUGAAAUUAAGUAUUUGCUGGAGACGUUAAAAACAUAUAUUCCCGCCUUUCUUCCUUCCUUCUUUCUUCCUUCUUUCUUUCUUUCUUUCUUUCUUUCUUUCUUUCUUUCUUUCUUUCUUUCUUUCUUUCUUUUUUUCUUUUCACUUAAACCAAAUAAUGUCUUUCCCCCUCUUUCCACUAUUAUUUAUAAAGCAUUUGCAGGGUCCGGGAUAUUAUAUCCGUUGCAACGCAUUUGUUUCCCGCGGAUAGGUUAUCCGAAAACGAACGUGGCAAAAAUCAGGAUAUACAAAAGAAACAAGAAAAAGCAAGUAAAGUGGCAAGGAUAUCUUUGGCACCUUCGAUUUAUUUUCUGUUUGAAACGUCUUUUCUUUCUUUCUUUCUUUUUAUUUGCUGUUUUCUUUCUUUCUUUCUUUUUAUUUACUGUUUUCUUUCUUUCUUUCUUUCUUUUUAUUUGCUGUUUUCUUUCUUUCUAUCUUUCUUUCUUUCUUUUUAUUUGCUGUUUUCUUUCUUUCUUUCUAUCUAUCUUUCUUUCUUGCUUAAGCAUUUCAAGGUUUUCUUCUAUUUAUUUCCAGUCUGAAACAACUUUUUAUCUUUCCUUUCUUUCAUUCUUUCUUUCUACAAAUAUCCUUGCGUCUUUCUUUCUUUUUUUAUUCGUCUUCUACAAACUUCUUUCUUUCUUUUUUUCUUUCUUUCUUAAGCGCUUCAAGGUUCUUCUUCUUGACUUCCUUAUGUUUUUAUCAAAAUCUAUCUAUUAUCUAUCUAUCUAUCUAUUUUAUAUAAAGUAA